CUUAAACUCUCUCUCUCUCUCUCUCUCAGACAUGAACAUCUUCCUCCUCCUUUCACUACUACUCUUACCAAUCUUCUUUCUCCUUACCAGGAGAGGAAAACCAUUGAAAAGGGUACCCCCAGGAUCACUAGGAAUACCAAUUCUUGGGCAAAGUCUUGGCCUUCUCCGGGCUAUGAGGACCAACACUGCUGAAAAAUGGAUGGCAGAGAGAGCUAAAAGAUAUGGCCCAAUCUCCAAAAUGAGUCUCUUUGGUAAACCAACUGUUUUCAUCUACGGGCAGGCUGCCAACAAGUUUGUCUUCACAAGUGAUGGGAGCAAACUGAGUAAUCAGCAGACGGAUUCGGUGAGGAUGAUACUUGGCGACCGAUGUUUGCUGGAACUCAGCGGUGAAGAUCAUAAGCGGGUGAGAAAUGCUCUUUCUUCGUUUCUCAAACCGGAUAGCUUAAAGAAUUAUGUCGGGAAGAUUGAAGAUGAAGUGAUGAGGCACCUGGAAAUGCAUUGGCAGGGGAAACAGAAGGUCACGGUUUUACCGCUGAUGAAGACACUGACAUUCAACAUCAUAUGCUCCCUUCUUUUUGGGCUUGAAAGAGGAGCACGACGAGACGCGUUUGUAGAGUAUUUCCAGCAGAUGAUUGAAGGGAUGUGGUCAAUCCCAAUCAACAUGCCCUUCACACGCUUCAACCGCAGCCUCAAGGCCAGUGCCAAGGUCCAGAAAAUGCUGAGAGACCUUAUAUGUGAGAAGAGGAGUGAACUCGAAAAGGGAGCGCCACCUCAUCAAGAUCUCAUUACCUGUUUGCUCAGCAUCCGUGGAAACGACAACAAUGAACUUGUGUCUGAAGAUGAGAUUAUACACAACGUCAUGCUCAUUAUGGUCGCAGGGCACGACACUUCCUCCGUCCUCAUUACUUUUAUCAUCCGACUCUUGGCAAAUGAUAAGACCAUACUCGAAGCAGUUCUGAAAGAGCAAGAGGAGAUCAGGAACAGCAAGCUUUCUAGAGAAUUGCUGACAUGGGAAGAUCUAGGGAAGAUGAAGUACACCUGGAGGGUGGCAAUGGAGACUCUUCGGACAACUCCUCCCAUAUUUGGAGGAUUUAGAAAGACAGUAGAGGACAUUGAGUAUGAAGGGUACUUGAUUCCAAAAGGAUGGCAAAUAUUCUGGGUCACAAGCAUGACUCACAUGGACGGCGAUAUUUUUCCAGAACCAUCAAAAUUUGAUCCAGACCGGUUUGGAAAUGCAGCAGCCAUACCGCCUUACUGUUUCGUUCCAUUUGGCGGGGGCCCUCGUAUUUGUCCAGGGUACGAGUUCGCCAAGAUUGAAACUCUUGUAACAAUUCAUCCCCUGAUCACUCAUUUUACAUGGAAACUCUGCUGCAAGGACGACAGCUUCCGAAGGGACCCCAUGCCUGUACCUACUCAAGGACUCCCAGUCCAACUUGUGUCGAAGAAGCUGCUUUGACUUGAGAUAGAUUCUGCCAGAACUGCUACUGAGAAGCAGCAAAAACCUCUGGAUUUUCUACCUGCUGAUAAGUUCUCUGUGCCCUCAGAGCAUAUAAUGGCUUGCUGUAUUAGUACUAAUGAUCAAAUCCCAGAGACCAAACAAAAGAAAAAGAAUUGUUCUUUCCCACUUAGAAUCUGUUUAUUGUUUGGUUCCUCAGUUCAGUUGGCAACCUUGUCAUGGUUUGAUAUUACAUGUUUGAUCUACUGAUACGAGAAAUUCUACCAGGU